CGUGUGGAAGUGAAGCGAGCAGGCCGCGGCGACAGCCACCCUCACUGUCUCCCACGCCCCCGGAAAAUCGUCAUUCCAGCGCGCGCCUUUGCCCGCAUCCGAUGUGGCCGUACAAAGGCACGAGCGGACACCCGCAAUUGGGGAUAAAUAUCGACAGGUAUUGCACAAUCGCGGCUGGCCAGUGCAGGUUCCCCAGUUGCCUCGGGGUGGCCAGCGCGAGGAUAUCGGCGAUGCGCGUGUGGGUCGGGCGAAGCUCACUUGCCGACCAAAGGGCGCCUAGUACGCGGACGUCUUUGGUGUCAUACCAGGUGGAUGACUUGAGAUUCAGCGUGACUUUCGCGUCCUUCAGGAGGCCGAGUUCUUCACGAAUGUGGUCAUAUAACCGGGCGUCUUCGUUGCUUAAUGCCGAUGUUGAUGACGUAGGACAAGGUGAUGUGACCGACCGGCUGCAAGAGACUCUGUUGGAACGCCAUCGCCAGCGCCGGCGGUUGGGACGCUCCCUGCGGCAGGUGCGCGAGUCGCAGUCGACCGUAUCUCCCUCCAUCGAAGGCGAAGAAGUCGCGAACGCGCGGAAGCAGUGGAUAUUCGUGGAGGAAUCGAUCGAGCAGACGGUCAUCGUCUCUGCGAGGAAUGACCAGACAUCGCCAAUGCACAGCGGAGUAUCGCUUCGGCUCGAGGAGCUCGUUGGCCAGACGAGCCUCCAUUACCACGCGAACUUUCGACGGCUCACUGAUCUCAACGAAGGCGACGUUGCCCUUUCCCUUAGUCUUCCCGACGAUGCCCUUCUCCGCCCAAUCUCCAAGCAUCCCUUUGAGCUCCCGGUGCGCAGCUGGUGAGAGCUGGAGGGAGCGGGCGUGCGGUGGCGUCUAACCCUCCACUCAAUCGAGUCGGACUGGAAGGAUCGGUAUCGACGGCGAAGCUUUGGGUGCGUACUCUCUCGUCAGAUAAGGUCUUGACAAGAGUAUGUCAUGGAGUGCUUGUCGCUCGUGUUUUGACGCACCUGUACCCGCACACAUGCGCCACCGACCCCACCCCCACGCUCUCCGCAGAGGUGGAGGGGUAGUUGCGCUUAGUCUGGUCGGAUUCAAGUGUGUGGUAGGAGGUGAACAGCC